AUGUGUCUUAUUGACAACACGCCUUCGGUGUGGGAAUACGAGAAGACGGGGCUGUAUACCCGCAAUGCAGAGAAGUUGCGGCACAAGGAAGCAGGGCGCGGUGGGCUCGCGGAUGACGUCCUGCGCGCGCGGAUCUGCACCGUCGUCGCCUCGCCUCGCCGGCAAUCCACCACCUCCUCGCGGCAGCCCUGGACCUGCACGCUGCUCUCGAUACGCAUCGGGGGGCCUGGGGAUCGGGCUCGCGCGGUGCGGCUGGGUCCCACGGCACGGGCUUUCUUGAUGUGCGCUGGAGCGGGGAGGGGUCGCGCGUAUCUGCUGCCGCGACCGGGGCCCCUCGGCUGGGCAGGUCAAGUGCGCGCGCACAUUCAAGGCGAUGGCGCGGACUUUGCCGCGCGAAGUUUGGAGGGUCGGGCGGGCGCUAGCGCGAGUGCAAUGUCGGAGCUUGGCCACGAGGAGGCGGUGGAGAUGAGGGAGGAUGCGAGGAUGAAGCAGCCGCUGCGAUUCGCGCGUUUGAGUCGUCGCAAGAACGACGCUGGGAGCUACUAG